UUGGGUGAAUUAAUCUUGAGCUUGUGAUUCCUUGUUUUCUCUGCCCAAAAAUGUCCUGCUUCUUACUUGAUUCCAUGUACAUGUCAGCAAACAUUGAAGGAUGCUGCCUAUUUGGCAAAAUACCCAUGGAAAAGUCUCCCAACUUGAGUUUAGGGGAGAAGGCGGAGAUGACGACCUCCAUUGAAAUGCACUCUUCAUUUAUGAAGUUAAGUUGCACAGACAAGGACAAAUUUAUUUCAUUUCAGACCCCUUACAACUCUGUUGCUGAGACUGCACCAAAGCAAAUUGAAGUUAUUAUUUGUGCGGAAGAAGUUGGCGCAAAAGACAAAUACCCUUAUGACUCAGACAACUCUGAUGCUGUGUCUGCUCCAAAGCAAGUGGAAGAUAUUAUUUGUGCUGAAGAAGUUGGUGCAAAAGACAAAUCCCCUUAUGACUCAAACGACAGUACUCUUAAUACUUCAUUGUACCGUGUUAUCCGGUUGAGAAGUGGUAAUGUAGUAUUCAACUUCAGGUACCUUAACAAUAAGUUGCAGAGAACAGAAGUUGUAGAAGACUCCUCUUGCCCGUUCUGUUUGGCCAAAUGUGGUAGUUUUAAGGGUUUGAGAUACCAUUUAUCCUCAUCUCAUGAUCUAUUCAACUUUGAGUUUUGGGUCAAAGGUGAGAUUCAAGCUGUGAAUGUAUCUGUAAAAACUGAGGUUGAGCAAUCUGAGGUCGCUGCCGAUUGUGUCGAUCCUCAGCAACAGGCCUUUUUCUUUUGUUCAAAGCUACUAAAGCGUAGAAAAGCAACCAAUCUUCUGCAGAAUUCGAAGCAUGUUCAUCCACUGAUCAUAGAUUCUGACUACCCAUCUGCAGUUAACGAAGUUCAGGACAAGGCUGAUGGUAUCGCAGAGUUCUUGGAUCGUGAUAUACCCAGUUCUGAUGUCACUGGAAUGUCAAAAGGUAUUGCUCAAUCACACUCACAUGCAGAUCCUGAAGGUAUCCAAUCGAUAGCUGGAAACAAUCUCGGACCUACUACCUUGCCACAGCUUGCAAAGAAGAAAAAGUUAUCUAUUGCGCGUUCUGACCCAAGGAAUCGUGCCUUGUUGGAGAAACGCCCAUUCAUCCACUCCCAAAGUGCACAGCCUAUGGCAUUGGAAGAAGUUUUGGCAGAUCGUGACAGUGAAGAUGAGGUUGACAAUGAUGUUGUGGAUAUUGAAGAUCGAAGGAGGCUUAAUGAGUUUGUGGACGUUACCAAAGACGAAAAAGAAAUGAUGUUAAUGUGGAACACAUUUGCGAGGAAACAGCGAAUAAUUGCAGACGGUCACAUGCCUUGGGCUUGUGUAGCAUUUUCAAAACUGCAUGGCCGAGCUCUUGUUGAUUCGCCAUCACUGCUAUGGUGCUGGAGAUUAUUUUUGAUAAAGCUAUGGAAGCACGGGCUGAUUGGUGGACGGAACAUUAACGAUUGUAACCUAAUAUUUGAAAAGAUUCAGAAAAAAGAUGCGGAGGAUCCUGAGAAGAAGAGCUAGGAUGGUGGUGAUGAUAUAUUUGGAUUUUGUUAAAGGUGUCAAGAACCACCCUCACUAAUUUACUGCUAAUGAUAUUUGUUACUGGUUUCUUGAAAUUUACUCUUUUGUUAAGAUUAUCAACAAUUUAAGUGACGGCGGUGGCGGUGGUAAGAACUCUUCCUUUUGUUCAAUUUUAGAAAGAAAUAAAGACCUAUUAAUUAAUCUGUUUA